AUCUUUAAGGCUCCACAGAGCUCUCUCUGCUGGUGAUGCAGACGGAGCAGGCUCUGCCGCAGAUCUCAGCCUAUCCUAUCGAUAAGGUUCAGUUAGCCAAGGUGGAGGAUGGGAAAAGAAUGGAGCUGUCCCAGCUACUCAAUGAGAUCAGGGCAAACUAUGAAAAGCUCCUCACCAGAAAUCAGAUAGAGACCGUGCUCUCAACAAGGAUCCAGCUGGAAGAAGAUAUAAGCCAAAAAAUGGACAAAGAUGAAGAGGCUCUAAAGGCGGCUCAAGCAGAACUCAAGGAAGCUCGACGCCAGUGGCACCAUCUGCAAGUGGAAAUUGAAUCUCUCCAUGCUGUGGAGAGGGGCCUUGAAAACUCCCUGCACGCCAGUGAGCAGCAUUACCAGAUGCAGCUGCAAGACCUAGAGGCAGUGAUUGAAGGACUAGAAAAAGAGCUCCAGGAAGUCAGGCGCGGCAUCGAAAAGCAGCUUCAAGAGCAUGAGAUGCUUCUCAACACGAAGAUGAGGCUAGAGCAAGAAAUAGCAACUUAUCGCCGCCUCCUAGAAAAGGAAGAAAUCAGAUAUUAUGGUUGUAUCCAAGGUGGGAAAAAAGAACAAAAACCUACCACAAGUAGAGUUGGUUUUCUUUUACCUUCAGCCAUUAUAAAUGAAAUAUCUUUUUCCACAAAAGUCCCACAAAAGUGUGAGAACGAAAAAGUGGAAACAGUGACCAAACAGGCAAUAUUAAAUGGAAGUAUUGUGAAAGAAAGCACUGAAGCUCACGGCACGAUUCAGACAGAGAAAGUGGAUGAAGUUAUUAAAGAAUGGGAAGGUUCCUUCUUUAAAGAUAACCCUCGAUUAAGGAAAAAAUCUGUCUCUCUUCGAUUUGAUCUGCAUUUAGCAGCCACUGAUGAAGGGUGUUUACAGACUAAGCAGGAUAACUUACCGGAUAUAGAAGUCAGGCUUAUCAUGAGAAGAUCAUGCAGUAUCCCCUCUAUCAAACCUCCAUCAGCAACUAAUUAAUCCAAAGACAGUGUCUGACUUGAUGUGAAGAUGACAUUAAGAUGGACCAAGGGUGGGCCAUGCUGACUAUCGCCUGUCCCUAAAUGAAAGUUAUUAAGUACACUUGGUAUGACCAACAUACGAGUCUCUUCAGAAAAAAAAAAAAAAAGGAGGGGACAA